AUGUCGUUUGAAGAAGAUUCAUCCCUAAAAAAGGAAGAAUGGCUUUGGCAGCCUGAUAUAGAAUGUGAACUGAAUGUUUUUGGCAGACCCGACAAGACUACGCUUGUAUUUGGUGUGUUUUACCUUAAUAGGCUCCUGCGAGAUGAAAAGAAAGUGAUAACCACCCUUUUCCAUAAACUUAAAAGACUGCUCGAUCCUUGGAAUAAAUAUUAUCCGUGGAAUCAAUUCAAGGGUGUUGAAAUUGCGAUUACAAAGAUGGAUGAUGGUCUCCCAUAUAUUUUUGGAUCACUUUGCGUGGAAGAUAAUAUCGAGCAAGAGGAAUCGUUGCUGGUUGCAAUUUUACAUGAGUUUUCACGGUCAGAGGGAAUGGAUGUUUUCAUCAAAAUAUGUGAUACGGAAGGUGAUUUCGUACUGAUGGAGUGUAAUGACGUUUUGCCAGAUGAAUAUGAGAGCCCGAUUGGAAACAACAGAGUCUGGUUGCAAGAAGGCAAAUUUAAGAUAAUUCCCCACACGUUUCACCCUGAAAGGGGUCUACGAAGUGACGAGGCGUUGAAUUUUCUCAUGAAUUCAUACUAUGCUUGCGUCAUUCCAGCCUCAAUAAAUAAAAGGCUUGAAGAGAAAGUUCUAUAUGGGUUUCCUAAGAAAAAUCUCAAAGAUUUGGUUCAGCUACCACUUAAAAUAUCAAAUGAAAAGCACAUGAAAAUCUUGAGAAAUAAUCCGCAGUUAAUAAGCUUAAUUUUAAAAAACUCCCUUGAUGAAAGGAUAACAUUGGAAGGAUGUGACUCCACUCCAAACUGCAAGUCUAAGGAAUUCCGCAUUUUAACUCCAAUAAAACACUGUAAGAUUAUUUCUUUCUAUCUUAAUUGCCUUUCAACACCGUAUGAGAAAAAAAGUCUUCCAUCUUUAUGCGGACAACUAAUUUCAAAGUCAUUAGACGACCUCAUUGAAAAGCGCAUCCUCGAUACUUUACCAUUGGAGUGGAAGGAAGAUGUAUCUAAAGAUUCUCUACAAGAAGAGCUGUGUGCCUUGGAUCUUUUGGAUAAGCCAUUUGAGCAUGAAAUGGUUCGCAUGGAUGCUCUCUCCAAAGACAGAACCUCAUAUUCUGACAUAGGUAGUGAAGAAGAAGUUAUGUCUCGUUUUCAGAAGUUUUUCUCCGAAGCUGGUAAGCUAGAUAGCAUUGAUGAGGAUAAAAUAAAUGAUAGCGAUUCUGAAAGUGGCGAAAGCGAGGUUGAUGAAGAAGAGGAAAUAAGAAAGUACUUUGAACGAGAGAAUAUCGAUAUUGAUGAGGAGGACUUUUUCGAGUUUUUCUUGACCGAAGCUUUGAAGGUCAAAAAGGAAGACCUGAAGCACUAUCAGAAUACCGAGCCAGAAGUUCCAGUUGCGAAGUUCGACAAAGAAUAUGAUCAGGAAGUACUAGAGCAGCUUGAUGAGUUUUUUCAAAGUCGAGAUGAAGACGGUGGUAAUGAGGAUGUGCUAGAACUUCUACAAGCAUUGAGUGUGGACGGUUCAGUUAAUGGUCCACUGGAUAUUUUAAUGAGAAAUUUGAGGGAAUAG